AUGUCCCAGAAUCGUGACGCUCUUGCGACUGAUUCUGAUGUUUAUCUCCAACAGACAAAGGACUGGGGAUUGGACCUCAUUCGAGAUUUUCUCGAAGAUAUAUCAUCCGCAGUAAAUAUCGCAUUAAAAAUCGGUGCAACGUUCCAGAAAUUAAAUGAUGCUCCUCUUGACACAUUAGAAGAAACUUUGGAAUCAAUUAUCAGUCAAUAUUCCAACGAAAAUCCUACUUCAGACUCAUUUAAUCAAACAAAACUCCAAUUUUUAUUUUUGCUUCUAAAAUUCAAGCACGCAUUAUAUCCUUUAUCACAACAAAGCCAAAUGCUUAUGAAAAGAUGGGAUUCAGUUAACCGCACGCCCCAAAGAGUUCAAUCAACUUUCAUGAGACGAUCUCCUAUAAAAUCAGAGCCUAAAAGAAUAACACCAGAAUUUUCUCCGAAAAGAGUUGUUUUCGGAUCACCAUCAAACUCGAAAAAGCCACUUUGUCGUAUAUGCGAGUGUGCGAUCUCAGCAGAUGAUUUCUAUACGCAUACGAUCAACUGUCUCGAGUGUCACUCAAUGAAACUCGAAUGGUCAGACAUAAACGAAGAAAUCGAAAAGCAAAUACCAACUCUAAAAAGCCACGAACAGGAAAUGCUUCAGCAGGUUAUCAAGAACUGCCAAUUUACUAGCUCAAUGUCGCUGUUUUUAUCAGCAAAUUUCAUCAAACAAGUGAAAUCAAAUAAUUUAUCGAUUCCUCCUACUCUUUUUGAGCUUGUUAAGAGGCGUCAUCACUUAAUGAAGCAUGGAAUACAAAAGGCGAAUGUAGCUACAUCAUCAAUAGCCACCAAUGACUCUCCAAACUACACAGAAGGAUAUGCGAUGCCUCCAUUACCUCCUCCAAGGCUCAGAGACUUUAAAAUCAUUGCACCCAUUAGUCGUGGUGCUUAUGGUAGUGUCUUCUUGUGCCAAAGAAUACAAACAGGCGAUGUUUUUGCGUUAAAAGUAAUUCCAGCAGAUGAUUUAUCGAUGAAGAACGACGUCCUUGAUACAGAACGCGAAGUUAUGUGCAGAGCUCUUCAUCCAUCAACAAUAUCUUUGUUUUGGUCGUUCAGAGCGAGCUCAACUGUAUUUUUCGUUAUGAGCUUCGCAAGAGGCGGAGAUUUAUACGCUCUUCUUGAAAGUGUCGGUAGUCUUGAUGAAGAAGUUGCUGCUUUCUAUGUCGCAGAGCUUGUUCUUGCUAUAGAAUACAUUCAUUCUCUAAAUGUAGUUCAUUGUGACUUGAAACCAGACAAUAUCCUUAUCAAUGAUUCAGGGCACCUCCAAUUAACAGACUUUGGCCUAUCAAAAUUCGGUUUGGAGCAAAGAGAAUUAGGAAGAUCUUUGAUGUUCCGUUUCGCUCCAUCUUCUGCGACCAAAAGUGACACCAACGAUCAUAAGAGACGCGUUAUCGGCACUCCCCAUUAUAUUUCCCCAGAAAGUCUCUUGCGAAGUGACUAUUCCCCCAAAGUUGACUGGUGGGCAUUGGGAGUCAUCGCUUACGAACUUGUUGUUGGAGAACCUCCAUUCGGAGGAAAUAGUGAAGCCGAAAUUUUCUCUCAUAUCGUUGCAGGAAAGUACGAAUGGCCCGAUGACGUCGAAGUAAGUGAUGAAUACAAGAAAUUCGUUCACGAUUUACUUAAUUUGAAUCCAGAGAAGAGACCUGAUGCCGAAGAACUGAAGAAAUACAAGAUUUUCGAAGAUAUCGAUUGGGAAAACUUGUAUAACACAAAUGCUCCUUUUGUUACAACUGUUUCUGAUGGAUUUGACCUCCAAUAUUUCGAAAAUUCAAGAAAUUCAGGAACAUUCAACAUCGAAGACAUUGAUGAACUCAAAGCUGCUGCAGCUGCAAGAGAGAAACCUGAUGAAUGGUGCUGCACAAACAUUGCUGCUUUGGCUGAAAGAAACAAAGAAGUUUGCAAGUCACUUAACUUAUAA